CGCAGACGAGGGUGCUCUCCACGGGGCGCGGCGGGGCUGCGGGGCUGGACGUGGAAAGGGCACGGCUCCGCGGGGCAGGAGCAGACUUGGGACCCGGGGAAGACAGGCAGGACGCGGAGCCGGAGGGGAGCACCUGGGCUAAGUGACAGAACGCCCGCCCGGGGAAGCAGCCAGCGGAGGGCGCAGCAAGGAGGAGCUCGCUGGAUGGGGGCGUCUUGGGAAGGGUGGGAGGAGCAGAAGGAGCACGGCUGAGGAGGAUGCGGAAGGGGCGCCUGAGAGCCUGUUUGUUCAGUGAGCAGGGGAGGGGAGCGCCGCUUGGAGAGAGUGAAGAAUGGAGGGUAGGGAGUGGGCAGGGGGGUCUGGCCCGGGCAAGGCCGCUGCCUUCCUGGAGGACAGUCAGGGAGCUCACUACUUUCUGGAGGAGGAAUCUAGGUGAGACCGGGACAGGAAGGGGUGUGGGUGCCCAGAACCGUCUGAUGUGAAGGAGUCCCACUUAGGGAUCCAGGAACAGUGGGAAUAGCACUGCUGGGGGCCAAGAGGGGCACUUGCCAUGGGCCCAAGCAGCCUAGACACCUUAGGGGAUGAGGGAGCCUCCCCUGGUGGCAGGAGAGCCUGGGGGUCCCCCACACACAGUGAGGGAAGGGGAAAACCCACAGCACUUGCCUCAAGGCUGCAGGCUUUGAAAACCUCCAGAAAUUUCCCUGUGGCAGCCCCUGGAGGAGGCCUGUGGGGCUAGGUCAAGCCAAGGCCUUGGAGUCUGAAGAGUUUGAUGGAUUCGGAGUCCGGCUGCUCCAGGGUGGACAGCCCAGGACCCCAAGUCUUAGCUCCUAUCGGAAAGAGGGACCCAGCCUCUGGUCAUGAGGCCUGUGCUACCUCUAGGUCCUUUUGUUGAGAGGCUGCCCCUCUCCAGCCUUAGUUUCUCUGCCCAGAGGGUUCCUUGCUGUUCAGCAGUGAAGCUCAGGUCCUUUUUCUGUGCCCCAUGCUGGGUGACUGUAGCUCGUUCACCCAACCUCUCUGGGACUGAGAGAUUCCCCCUCCUCAGAGCAGUUGUAAGUCUCAGCUCCACAGAAUAAUUUCUUUAAGAAUUGCUUUUUCAGGCCAUCUGUGGGAGCUCACACUUGUAAUCCCAGCGCUUUGGGAAGCUGAGGUGAGAGGAUGGCUUAAGCCGGGAGUUCAAGGUUGCAGUAAGCUGAGAUGGUGCCACUGCACUCCAGCCUGCAGGACGGAGCAUAGACCCUGUUUCAAAAUAAAUAAAUAAAUAAAAGUCCGGGCGUGGUGGCUCACACCUGUAAUCCCAGUACUUUGGGAGGCCGAGGCAGGUGGAUCACCUGAGGUCGGGAGUUUGAGACCAGCCUGACCAACAUGGAGAAACCCCAUCUCUACUAAAAAUACAAAAUUAGCUGGGCAUGGUGGUGCAUGCCUGUAAUCCCAGCUACUCAGGAGACUGAGGCAGGAGAAUCACUUGAAGCCGGGAGGCGGAGGUUGCAGUGAGCUGAGAUCAUGCCAUUGUACUUCAGCCUGGGCAACAAGAGCGAAACUUUGUCUCAAAAAAUAAAAAAAAGAAAAGAAAAGAAUUAGGCUGGGCACAGUGGCUCAUGAUUGUAACCCCAGCACUUUGAGAGGCCAAGGCGGGAGGAUUGCUUAAGCCCAGGAAUUCAAGACCAGCCUGGGCAACAUAGUGAGACCUUGUCUCUACACAUAAUAAAAAUAUUAGCCAGGCGUGGUAUUAUGUGCCCGUGGUCAGGGCUACUCAGGAGGCUGAGGUGGGAGGAUCGCUUGAGCCUGGGCAGUUGAGGCUGCAGUGAUGGUUGAACUGCACUUCAGCCUGGUGACAGAGUGAUACCCUAUCUCAAGAAAAGAAAUAAUUACUUAUUUCAUUCUGAUCACAUUUUCCAGUACAAAUACACGGUGGCCCCAAGUGCCAAAGUUACAAAAAAAAAGUUUCUGUUCAAUUUUGGAAGACAUGUAGGGACUUUUUCUUUAAACACUUUGGACCAAGUUGGGGAGUUAGCCUGCAUUGAGGGAGGUGACCCAGUUGCUAAGAGACUGGGAGGCCAGCCAGGGAUGAAAACUUUGCCUGUAUAAUCUGUGGUCACCACUGGGUGCCUGGGAGUUCCCCAUGGUGGACAAAGGGCAAGAGCGCUGGUUUUGGAGUCAGAUAGAUGUGCUCUGCCCUCCCACCUCCAGGGCUGGGCCCCCAGGUUGGCUGUGGAUCCAGAGAGUUGUGAGGGAGAGGUAAAAUGUAUGUGAAAGUUCUUGGUAAACACCCAGCCAUUAUAUAUUAUGAAUGGUAGCACCUAAUCUCAUUAAUGAUAUUUCGGGUGCCAUAUUGGGUCAUCCUCACUAAAGACCCUUUAAGAGGGUUUUCCUCCAACAGCCCCAGUAUUAACAUUGGUCUGGCCUUAUUAUUUGUAUCUAAUGGGGUUAGACUUUGCCUUCCAUGCUGAGAAAAAGUUGUCUUUAAGAGAAUGUGCUGAACAAUCAGGGCCCAGAAAGGCAACAAUGAAUAUUUUGCAUGCCAAGAAGGAGGCAAAAGAGAAAGUGGAAUUGUGAUCAAAUAAUGCUUAUAAUAGGUGUUAUUUAGCUGAGCUGUAAGCUCCAGGAGGGCAGGGUAUUAAUAUACUGAGGUGUGGGCUGGGCACUGUGGCUCACUCCUAUAAUCUCAACACUUUGGGAGGCCAAGGUGGGAGGAUGACUUGAGACCAGGAGUUCGAGACCAGCCUGGGCAACAUAGCAAGACCUCGUCUCUACAGAUAAUUUUAAAAAAUAGGCAUGGUAGCGUGCGCCUGUGAUUCCCAACUACUCAAGAGGCUGAAGAAGGAUCACCGGAGACUGGGAGGUCAAGGCUGCAGUGAGCUGUGUUUGCACCACUGCACUCCAGCCUGGGUGACAGAGCAUGACCCUGUCUCAAAAAAAAAAAAAAAAAAAAUUCCUGUGGUGUUACCAUUGGUAUGAAUUCCCUGGGCUGUUAGUUCUACGAGGGCAGUGGUUUAAAUGGCUCUGUCACUGAGGAAACUCCAGCGCCUGGCACAUAGGAGGCCUAAAGUAAAUAUUCUUGGACUGUCCCAGAGCCUAAGGGCCCUUGGAAGUCACUGGUGAAUUUACUCUCUCCUUUGACAUUUGGAGAAACAGGGCCAAGAGGGGAAGGGACUUGUCCAAGGUCACACAGGGAUUGAGUGGCUGAGUCAGGACGAGAAUCCCACAGAAACAGCAGAGCCAGCACUGUGCCAGAGUCAACACCUGGCAUCCAUGGCUUUGUUUUGCUUCCACAAGAGCCCAGGAGGCAGCUAUUUUAAUCCUCUGAUUCCAAAGAGGAAACAAGCUCAGAGAGGUUGAGGGACUGUUGCAGAGUCACACAGCAGGUGAAUUCCAGACCUGAAAUUUCAUCCUCACAUAAAAAUGAGGCUUGUGGCUUCUCUUGAAACAGCCUGCCAGAGAGCCUGCAGAGAUUAGUGGAGGAUGUCCACCACCAGGGCAGCAGUCUUCUCCAGUUCUCCAGGCUCACCACCUGGCUGGCUUCCCUCCAGGCUGGAUUUUCCUAGGCCCCAUGGGCAUUUGUGUGGGUGAGCCCGUCGGGGCAGGGAGCCUGUCUGCUUCAUUUUCUGUGUGCCCCAGCACACAGAAUGCCUGGGUAGCGUUGAGGCUGGCGUAUAGUAAGCACUGAGUGAAAUCUGCGAGACGGGGGUAACCCAGGGCUCUCCCUCCGCAUAAGCCCAUUUUCCACCACCUCCCCGCAGCCUGGUCUCUUUUGCCCCAGGGAUGUUAUGGGAACCUUUUGACAGUAUGUAUCCUUGGAGAGCAGGCUGGGGCUUGCAAGCCUUGGUUAAGGAGGGAGGUGAGGAGGGCUGACCUUGAGUUGAGGAAUAUGAAUUGGGAGGGGUGAGGAAGUGGAGGGGAGAGGAAGGGAGGAAGGAGCGGCUCAGGCUGACAGAGGCACUCCCACUGGAGCCCUGGAGAUCACACUUCUGAGGUUCAGCCAACCCAGAAGCCUCCCAAACCUUCUGCAAGACAUGUCCAGGCCAGACCGUAUGCCAUUUGGAUCACCUGCUAAUUUGGUUCACCCUCUUGUGCCCUCGUGCUCUCCAGGGCUUCUGAGCUGCUGGAGUUGAGGCCCCUUCCCCUGGGACUGUCACUUCUUAGCCACGUCUCUUGGGCCUGUGGUGGACAGGAGCCACUGAAGUUUGCCUGACACCAUCAACCAGGCCCUACCAUCAACCAGGCCCUAGUCACCUGGCUUUGCCUUUGCCUUGCUGUGUGAUCUUAGAUCAUGACAUUCCUGAGAGCGGGGAUCAAAUCUUUCACUCUGUUCUUUGUCCUAUCCAGCACAGGGUCUGAGACAAAGAAAGGCUCACUCCCUGCCCAGGCCCACAGCCAUGGCCAUGGCCCAGAAACUCGGCCACCUCCUACCCAGUCUGCGGCAGGUCAUCCAGGAGCCUCAGCUGUCUCUGCAGCCAGAGCCUGUCUUCACAGUGGAUCGAGCUGAGGUGCCGCCGCUCUUCUGGAAGCCGUACAUCUAUGCGGGCUACCGGCCGCUGCAUCGGACCUGGCGCUUCUAUUUCCGCACGCUGUUCCAGCAGCACAACGAGGCCGUGAAUGUCUGGACCCACCUGCUGGCGGCCCUGGUACUGCUGCUGCGGCUGGCCCUCUUUGUGGAGACCGUGGACUUCUGGGGAGACCCACACGCCCUGCCCCUCUUCAUCAUUGUCCUUGCCUCUUUCACCUACCUCUCCUUCAGUGCCUUGGCUCACCUCCUGCAGGCCAAGUCUGAGUUCUGGCAUUAUAGCUUCUUCUUCCUGGACUAUGUGGGGGUGGCCGUGUACCAGUUUGGCAGUGCCUUGGCACACUUCUACUAUGCUAUUGAGCCCGCCUGGCAUGCCCAGGUGCAGGCUGUUUUUCUGCCCAUGGCUGCCUUUCUUGCCUGGCUUUCCUGCAUUGGCUCCUGCUAUAACAAAUACAUCCAGAAACCAGGCCUGCUGGGCCGCACAUGCCAGGAGGUGCCCUCCGCCCUGGCCUACGCACUGGACAUUAGUCCUGUGGUGCAUCGUAUCUUCGUGUCCUCUGACCCCGCCACGGAUGACCCAGCUCUUCUCUACCACAAGUGCCAGGUGGUCUUCUUUCUGCUGGCUGCUGCCUUCUUCUCUACCUUCAUGCCCGAGCGCUGGUUCCCUGGCAGCUGCCAUGUCUUCGGGCAGGGCCACCAACUUUUCCACAUCUUCUUGGUGCUGUGCACGCUGGCUCAGCUGGAGGCUGUGGCACUGGACUAUGAGGCCCGACGGCUCAUCUAUGAGCCUCUGCACACGCACUGGCCUCACAACUUUUCUGGCCUCUUUCUUCUCACAGUGGGCAGCAGCGUCCUCACUGCGUUCCUCCUGAGCCAGCUGGUACAGCGCAAACUUGAUCAGAAGACCAAGUGAAGGGGGGUGGCAUCUGGUAGGGAGGGAGGUAUAGAUGGGGGACAGGGGUCUGGGUUUGGCUCCAGGUGGGAACAAGGCCUGGUAAAGUUGUUUGUGUCUGGCCCACAGUGACUCUCUGUGCACGACUCAACUGCCAAGGACGUCACUGGCCAAUUCUUGGAUUUAGGGAUUGGCUAGGUGUUGCUGGGGUCCACUCCUGGGCUUGCCCCAGCUCCUUGCCCAGGGAGAGGGGAAGAGUUAAAGGUGUGGGCCACUCCAGCUUGCCCCUCCACUGCCACUCACUGGGGUGAGGCUAGGGGUCAGCUUGGUGAGGAUUGGGGCUUCUAGAUUGUCUAGGCAGGAGGUGAAACUUAGGCCGGAGUCAGAUUUGAGCUGAGCCAGGGGAGGCCUUGGCAACCCACUUCUACUCAGAUUUCAUUGCUGGAUGCGGAAGGGACAGGCCCAAAAUAUAUGCAGGAUCUUACUGUCCCUUGAAGCCCAGCCACAAGUGUUGGAGCUGCAGAGAGACCCCAAAGGUAGUAGAUUGUGCCAGAUACAAAUGGGUCCCAUCCAGUGCUUCAUACCCCUUCAGUCACCAUCCCAGACAGUGAGCCCCAGAUCUCCUAGCUCUGGCUUCUGUGUCCCACACUGCCUGUUCCCAGCUUCUCUCCUGGUUCCCUUGUUAAGGAUUCAUUUAUCCAUUCAGUGUUUCCUGGGCCUCUGCUCAGAGGCAGGUCACCACUGGGCCCUGUGGAUCAAUGCAAGAUGACAAAGGCUUUUUUUUUUUUUUUUUUUUUAAGGAGUUUCGCUCUUGUUGGCUAGGCUGGAGUGCAAUGGUGCGAUCUCGGCUCACUGCAACCUCCGCCUCCCGGGUUCAAGUGAUUUUCCUGCCUCAGCCUCCCGAGUAGCUGGGGUUACAGGCAUGCGCCACCAUGCCUGGCUAAUUUUCUGUAUUUUUAGUAGAGACGGGGUUUCUCCAUUGUUGGUCAGGCUGGUCUUGAACUCCUGACCUCAGGUGAUCUGCCGGUCUCGGCCUCCCAAAGUGCUGGGAUUAUCAGCAUGAGCCACCGCGCCUGGCUGACAAAGGCUUUGAUAUCAGAAUGAACUGUCAAGGGAAGUGCUGGAGAGGGAUUAACCUGUGCUGCCUGGGACCUUCAGGGUCUUAGGUUGGGGAGUGUGAAUAGGAGUUUGCAGAUGGAGAAUAGGAAGGGCAUUCCAGGCAGAGGGAAACCUGUGCAGAGACCCAGAGGUGCAGAAGGAAAAGUGGAGUUGGGGCUGGGGUGGUCUGGAUUAUGGCCUGGAUGCAAUAAAGUGACUGUGACAGUA